AGAGAAGCCGGUCAGAUAAUUUACUCGCAUUCAGCUAUCUGAACAAGGUGAAGACUCUCAGGACUUUGAAACAAUGAAGACUGUGGCAGCUUUUUUUGUUUUAGUCUUUUUGACUAUUGUUGCUGUUAAAGGGCAGCCUGGGUUUGGCAGCCGACGGUGUUUAUGUCAGGGUGCAGGUGUCAAAAUGGUCAACCCAAAGUUUAUAGAGAAGGUUGUAAUUCACCCUGUUAGUCCGUCUUGUGGACAUCUGGAAGUUGUUGUCACACUGAAGAAAAUGGGGCAGAGAUGCUUAAACCCAGAGUCAUUGUUUACCAAACACAUCAUUGAGAAGAUUGCAAAUAAGAAGAGGAGUGCUCAGUCAAAUAUGUCAUGAAGUCUGGGGGUUGUGAACUCUGUCAUUAAAAAGCUGUGUUGAUAUUUUUUAUGUAUAAUACAUAAUGUAAAUAUAAUAUAUUGCUUUAUUUAUUAAACAAACUAAGGUGCCAUAUGUUCCUUCUGUUGUUUAUGUUGUUUAUUGUCAGAGGAAAAUGUCAAAUAAACUCUUCAUAAUUUUUCAAAUGAUUUAU